CGUGUGGAUGGCUACAACAUUCUCACCAACAAACAAGCAGUAGCAUUAGAAGAAGCAGGUCCAACAGCUCUGGCCGAAGGUGAUCUGCUUGCACCGGAAGAAAUUCUUGAACCCCGCGGCGAACCGCUCAAGGGAGCCACAGAAGUGACCUCCACGGAUAGGCGACGUCAUCGCAAGAAACUCAUGCGUAUCCGAGCGGCAAAGCGAAAAGUGCGUGACGCCAUCGCAAUCAAAACCAAGGACCAGAGGAUAGCAAUGGCUAAGAUUGUCAAGAUGGCUCAUAAACCUGGCUCCAAAGUUAAGAUAGCUAGAUAA